AGGACCAAGAGAACCAAAAAGGGGGUCCAGAUGAACCACCGCCUGCCCGCCUCCCCCGGCCUGCAAUGGCUUGACAGGAGAGACAUGAGUGUCCGGACGGAGGACAGCAUCUCCCUGUGCCAAAGGGCUCUCCGGAUCAUUACGGAACUUUGUCUCGCGGGACAAGUGGACCAGGAGACAUGCUCGGAUAUAUUUCCCCUGGAGAGCAGCAUACCAGGUAAAGGAAACGCAGACAUCUCUAUUAGUCUCCUUGCUGUGGUCGUGGGAUUCUGUGGCCUCGCCCUGUUGGUAGUCUCUCUCUUUGUCUUUUGGAAGCUGUGCUGGCCCUUCUGGAGGAGCAAGGCUCUGUCGGCCCACGCCGAAAAUGGCCUGCGCGCGGCUUUCCCCGAGGCCCCGCCGCCCGCCCCGCCGGCAAGCGAGGCCAAGGCCAAGGCGGCGGCGGAGCCGGAGAAGAAGUACCCGCUGGAGGUGAAGGCCAACGGGCGGAGCACCGUCAAGCUCCUGGAGGCGGCCAUGAAGAUCAGCCAGACGUCCCCGGACAUCCCCGCCGAGGUGCAGACCGCCCUCCGGGAGAAGCUCAGCCAGCAGGCCAAGAUCCAGAGGCAGACCACGGAGCCACCUCCUCCUCCAGUCAAAAAGAGGGAGGGGGUCAAAGCGGGCACACCACAGGCCAAACAUCUGGAGAAAGCCAUGCCGGGUCUGAACGUCCGCUCAGAGAGGAGGAAAGGGCCGUUUGGGUCGUUGGGGGCGGGGCUUACACCAGCCCAGCGGGUGUCAGGAGCCACGUCUUCCGAAUUCUGA